GAUUAAAAUCCUAACAUGAACUGUGAAUUUACAAACAAUAAAUCAAGUUUACACCACGUGUUGGCGUCGGUCGAAGAAUUAGCUACGCUGGGAAAACUGUGGCGUAGUCAAUCGUAUCAAAUCACGUGUUGGAUUUAUUACAGUACAACAAUCAUCUCAAGUGAUAAGCUCUAUUUGACUUAUUUCGGUGCUUUGCUAACAGUGAGAAACAUGAACGAUCAAGAACCACGCAAACUCUAUAUAAUGCGUCACGGUGAACGCGUGGACCUCGCUUUUAGCGACUGGAUGUCUCAAAGUUUCGACAAAAACGGCAAUUAUUGUCAGUCAGAUCUAAAUAUGCCCGACAACUUACCCAAGCGAUCGCAAGGCUAUUCUGCUUAUGCGGAAGACACCCCCUUAACAAAAAUCGGCAUUUUUCAAGCACAACUCACUGGAGAAGCGUUCAAAAAAGCGCAACUCGACGUAUCUCACGUCUACUCUUCACCCUCUUUACGCUGCAUUCAAACGUGUGAUGCGUUCCUCAAAAGUUGGGGCAAAAACAACGAAAUUAAAAUUAAAGUUGAACCUGGACUCUAUGAAUGGUGGGCGUUGUUUGGUGAGCGUUUGCCUGAUUGGUUAACACCAGAAGAUCUAGCAGUGUGGGGUUAUAAUGUGGACUUGGAGUACAAACCUAUUAUAUCUGUAGAGGAAUUAGGCAGCAAGAAAGAAAGCGCUACCGAGUACUAUUCUAGAAGUUUUAGGGUUAGUACAGAGGCACUGAAAGCACAUGGUAAUGAUAAUGUGUUGUUUGUGGCACACGCAGCCACUUUAGAGGUGUGUACGUGGAAACUAACAGGAGAAAAACCACGAAUACCAGACGAUACAACAAGAGACGUAUUAGCAAUUCCGUAUUGCGGUUUUAUAGAAGUUCGUCAGAUUGGAGAUAAGUGGGAGAAGAAUGGGCGACCUUUUUUGCAGCUCAGCCACACAGCUAAUGCAACUUUCGAUUAUAAUCGCCUGUCAUAAUAAUAAUUAGGUUGGUUAUUGGGACACCUUAUAUAUCUGCCUAUUAUUUAUUUAAGUAGGUAGUUCAUUAAAUACGAAAUGUCGAAAUAAUAAAACCGUCAUUUAUA